GAGGGAUGUCAGUCUCCGCCUCCCCCGCCCUCGCCGUGGCCGAGCCCCAUUCUAUGACCUUCUUUGGCCGGCUGUUGCCCUAGGGCGGAGGCUGAAGUGGUUCUCGUCUUUUCUCCUCUUUCCUUCCUGAGCUGUUUAUAAGCCUCUCCGUCUUGAGCCUUUCCCCUCCCGCUGCUUCCAGACAUGACUUCCCUGAUCCAGCGUAGCUCUGGUCUGGUGCAGCGCCGAACUGAGGCCUCCCGCAGCGCCGCCGCCGACAAGGAGCAGGGGGCGGGAGGUAGCCCAGAGGAAGAAGGCCGCCGGGAUGAGCCUGGUGACGACAGGAAGAGCGACUCCAAGGAAACACGGCUCACCCUCAUGGAAGAGGUGCUGCUUCUGGGCCUUAAGGACCGUGAGGGUUACACAUCAUUCUGGAAUGACUGCAUCUCCUCAGGAUUGCGUGGCUGUAUGUUAAUCGAAUUGGCAUUGCGAGGGCGUCUUCAGUUAGAGGCUUGUGGAAUGAGGCGCAAAAGUCUAUUAACAAGAAAGGUGAUUUGCAAGUCAGAUGCUCCUACAGGGGAUGUUCUCCUUGAUGAAGCUCUGAAACACAUAAAAGAGACACAGCCUCCUGAAACAGUACAAAAUUGGAUUGAGCUGCUUAGUGGUGAAACAUGGAACCCAUUGAAGUUGCACUACCAGUUGCGAAAUGUCCGUGAACGGUUAGCUAAAAAUCUAGUGGAAAAAGGUGUACUGACAACAGAGAAACAGAACUUCCUUCUUUUUGACAUGACUACGCACCCUCUCACCAACAACAAUAUUAAACAGCGCCUCAUCAAAAAGAUUCAAGAAGCAGUUCUUGACAAAUGGGUGAAUGACCCUCACCGCAUGGACAAGCGCUUGUUGGCACUUGUUUAUUUAUCCCAUGCUUCAGAUGUUCUGGAGAAUGCUUUUGCCCCGCUUUUGGAUGAGCAGUAUGAUUUAGCCACAAAGAGAGUGCGACAGCUUCUGGAUUUAGACCCUGAGGUUGAAUGUAUGAAAGCCAACACGAAUGAGGUUCUGUGGGCUGUUGUAGCAGCUUUCACAAAAUAACUGCGCUCAGACUGAAAUGUUCUCUCUUCUUUCAUGUAAACCAGUUGUUUCUCUUCUAUUUACUGUUCAUGUUUUCUGUAAUUUGUACCUUCUCACAUGAUGAAUCAACUCUUGUUUAAUGGGAAUUAUGUGGUGUAUUCCCUCUUUCUCUGUGUAACUGUAUACAGGAUUCUGCUGGUAUGGGACCCUCCUGUUUAAAAAUAAUUGGAAAAGGUUUUACUGCCAUAUUGGCAUUCUAUUUCUUAUUCAAUUUAUCUGAAAUACUUUGUUUAAUCUGUUUUUCAUCUUACUGUUAUUGAAGGGGUUUAACAUGGAAAGUACCUCAAGGACAAAGUGUGUAUGCAGUUGGAUCACUCAUCUCAACUGACACAGAUGUAUGCAUGCAUCAGUACUUCUGCAGUACAAUUCAUAACAGAUUGAAAAAGAGCCUUUUAAAGUCACCAAAGCUCCAUGUUCAAGUGUCUGUCAGGAUGUUUUAUACAUAGAUGUUGUUACAAUUAUAUCUAACAAAAUUGCUUUAAAAAGCAGAAAUGCCACUAAGCAGCUUUGCUAAGAGUUCCUGUAAAAUGUUCCAUACAUUUUACUUUUCAUGCAAGUCUCUUGUGUACUUAUGUUUUCAUUAUAAUGAAAACUGAGUCAUAAGGCUAGUGUAGAAAGGUCCAAUUGUUUAAUAAAUCAGUUUUGGGAUUGGAUACAUUCCAUUAUAUUGUAUAUAUAGUUCAAAUUGUAUAUUAAAAACUGUCCUAUCUUAGUAUUUUGCAAGAUCCACUUAGUUAUACACCUGAUGCCCCUUAUUUGCUAUCAGCCAUUGCCAUUCAAGGGAAAAAAAGGCCUCCUGUAAAGAGCAAUUAUAUGAAAGCUAUUUGUUUCCAGUGUAUACAGAAUUUGCCAUCCUGGUAUUCUCAGUCUAUGCAUUGCCUUUAAUACUUAGUGUAUAGAAAAAGACCUAUUUAUAUCAUUGUUUGUGGUUUUUUUUCUUCUUCCCUCCUCCCCUCUGUAUGGAAGAUACUUGUUACCAGUACAAUUCUUGAGUGCAUUUUUUAAUUUUGUUUGUAAACAAAUGAAUGUUUGUCUCAAACCUCAUAAUCUGUUUUUCACUUUGAAUACAAAAAGUCAGUCCUAGCAGAUGUUGCAUGUAAAUGGUUUGCAAGUAAUGACUGCAUUUCAGAUUAUUAACAUUUCUGUAAUGGGAUACUCUAAUGUAUUUAAAUUUUUUUAUUAACAAUUAUGCUGAUUAGCACACUCUUGUAAAAAUAAUACAAAACUUUGGCUUUUUAAAA